AUGUGGGGACCAGGCAGGGGACAAGAGAACAUGAAGGAGCUGGAAAUGAGAUUGUGGUGGUGGUGGCCAUGGUUGCACAAAUACAGUAAAAGCUUUGUUAUCCAGCAUGUUGGGGGAAUAGAGGGUGCCGAAGGCACUUCAGGAUCUUGCAGUGCCUCAGGAUCAUCAUCAACAACAUCAAUUAUCAUUGUAGAUGUAGAAGGUGUAGGAGAAUUAAAGCUUGGAACGUUCAUUCAUAAUAUGAAGAUGCUGCUGACUUUGUUCCUCUUCCUUAUUGGGAGUCAAACUUCAGUAACUCAGAUGCCUGCCCCUACAUCUGCAGAUAUUGUCCUUUUGGUUGACAGCUCUAAUAGCCUGGGAAACAAGACGUUCCCCUCUAUGAAGUCUUUUAUUAGCAAAAUGAUCAAUCAUCUAACAGCGACUCCUAACCAAUACCGUAUCGCACUUGCCCAGUACAGUGAUGAUUUGCACGUUGAAUUUCUGCUGGACGCCUAUAAAGCAAAGAACCCAAUGCUGAAUUAUGUAAAAAAAAACGUUGUAUUCAAGGGUGGUUCAGUAAAAACUGGCAAUGCCCUUCGAAAAGUUCACGGGACCUAUUUCAAAGGACCAGCUAGUGGAAGAGACAAAGAACGAAUUCUGGUUGUCUUGACUUCAGGGGCAUCAGAGGAUGCUGUAGUAGAGCCUGCCAAGAUCUUGAAAAGUGACGGGGUAAAAAUCAUAGCCAUGGGGAUUCAGGAUGUUUCUCCUCAAGAACUGCAGUCAAUGGCUACACCUCAAUUUUCUUAUAAGUUUCGCACAGUGAGGGAUCUCAGUAUGUCUUCUCAAAACAUGACCAAGAUCAUUGAGGACGUUAUUCAAACAGAUAUUAAUGGCAUAAUACCAACAGAUAUAAUUGCAAUUUGUAAGAGUGAUUCUGUUGCUGAUGUUGUGUUCAUAGUAGAUGAGGGUGUUUCAAAACCAAAAGCUGAAGAUAUUAAAAAUUUCCUGCAAAAUACAGUCUCCUUUCUUGAUGUGAAAAAGAAUCGUACAAAGAUUGGCCUAGUGACAUACAGCAGUGAGUCACACGUGUUAUCGUUAUUGAGCGAAGAAACAAACAAAACUGCUAUUCUGCAGAAAAUACAGAGCUUUUCUCCAAGGGAAGGGAAGGCCAACACCGGUGCUGCCAUUAAGGCUACAAGGCAAAGAGUCUUCUCUGAAAGCAGAAAGGCCCAAGGGAUAGAGCAAAUAGCCAUUCUGAUCACCCACAGACCCUCUGAAGACAACAUAAGUGAGGCAGCUCAUGAUCUUCGGAGAGCUGGUGUGACUGUAUUCACCAUAGGCAUUGAAAAUGCUGAUUACACCCAGUUAACCCAGAUAGCAUCAUAUCCUCAACAGCAAUAUGUUACUAAGCUGACGGCAUUUUCUGACCUGCCAAAAGAAGCCAGAACUUUACAAAAGAAACUCUUGAAUCAAAUUCAGGACAAACUGUAUGUCCAGUCUGAAAGAAGAGAACUACUUAAAGCAGGAUGUGUGGACACAGAGGAAGCUGAUAUUUAUGUGCUCAUUGAUGGCUCAACAAGCAUUUAUCCUGUUGCCUUCGGAGACAUCAAAACAUUUUUGAAGGAAGUGAUUAAGAUGUUUAACAUAGGGCCAAAUAAAGUUCGCUUUGGAGCUGUGCAGUUCUCACAUGACAAAAGACUGGAGUUUGAACUUGAUGAAUACAGCAACACAAAUGAUUUAGAAAGGGCCAUCGACAACAUUAGGCAAAUAUAUGGGGAUACCCAUAUUGGAGAAGCUUUGACUUUCAUGCAGCCACUGUUUAAAAGGGCAAGGGAGCAGAGAGCUGGCAGGGUGCCUUGUCACCUCAUUGUCCUAACAGAUGGGGAGUCACAUGACAGUGUAAAGGAGCCUGCUGAGAGACUGAGGAAUGAGAAGGUUAAUAUUUAUGCCAUUGGUGUAAAAGGUGCAAAUGAAGCACAGCUCCAUGAGAUUGCAGGGUCAAAGAGCAGGACUUUCUUUGUGCAAGAGUUUGACUCUUUGAAAAACAUAAAAAAUGAAAUUGUUCAAGGGAUCUGUUCUGGAGAAGCCUGCAAAGAAAUGACAGCUGACAUCAUGUUUCUAGUGGACAGCUCUGGAAGCAUAGGACAAGAGAACUUUUUGAAAAUGAAAAACUUUAUGAGAGAACUGGUGAACAAAUCUGACAUCAGCGCAGACCGAGUGCAGGUUGGGGUUGUCCAGUUCAGUGACAGAAAGAAGGAAGAGUUCCAGCUUGACCGAUACUCUUCAAAAAGUGACAUUUUCAGUGCUAUUGCUAGAAUGUCUCUUAUAGGGAAAAAUACACUAACAGGAGGCGCUUUGACAUUUGUAGCUGAUUAUUUCAAGCCUCCCAAAGGUGCACGUCCGGCUGUCAAAAAGAUUCUUAUCCUGAUUACAGAUGGGGAAGCGCAGGAUGAAGUAAAAGGUCCAGCAAAAACCCUACGUGAUCAAGGUGUUAUUAUCUACUCUGUUGGGGUGUUUAAUGCAAAUAAAACUCAGCUGGAAGAGAUUAGUGGGAAGUGUGAGCUGGUUUUUUACAUUGAGAAAUUUGAUACUCUGAAGCACAUAGAAGAUGAGAUCAUCUUUGGAAUAUGCACACCUCAUGAGGAAUGCAAAAGGAUAGAAAGAUUAGAUGUUGUGUUUGUGAUAGAUGGAUCUAGGAGCAUAAGUCCCGAACAAUACCAGACCAUGAAAAAAUUCAUGAUUGACUUGGUGAAAAAAUCUGAUGUCGCGCCAGAUAGAGUUCGGUUUGGAGCUGUAAAAUAUUCUGAUGAACCGGAAACGUUUUUCUACCUUAAUACGAACAGAACAAAAUCUGAGAUUGUUGAGGCUAUCCAGAAUGAUGGAACUAUAGGAGGUUUAACGUUCACAGCCAAGGCAAUUGACUAUUCGGAAGCUCUGUUUGCUCAGGAGCAUGGCGGCCGCAAAAGCAAGGGAGUUCCACAGAUUCUUAUAGUGAUAACAGACGGUGAGUCCCAUGAUUCAGCACAGCUCAAUGACACAGCCAAGAGAUUAAGAGACAAUGGAAUUAUUAUCUAUGCUGUUGGGAUAAAAGGAGCAAAACCUGAUGAGCUUUUGGCCAUGGCUGGAUCAGAAGACAAAUAUUACUAUGUGGAUACAUUUGAAGGACUCAAAAACACAUCUGUAGCAAUAUCAGAAAAAAUAUGUGAUGAUUCAAAACCAGAGUGUGAAAUUCAAGCAGACCUUGUUUUCUUGAUUGAUGGUUCCAAUAGUAUAAAGCCAGAUGACUUCAUCAGGAUGAAGGAUUUCUUGAAAGUUAUACUAGAUCAGAUUGAUUAUGAUCACAAUGUUCAAAUUGGCAUUGCCCAGUACAGUGGCAGAUAUAAAAAAGAAUUCAGCCUGGGUGCUUUUCAGAGCAAAUCAGAACUGAACAUUCAAAUUCAGAACAUUAAGCAGAUGACAGGAACUAAAAUUUUAAUUGGAGCUGCACUUAAGCAGGUGAAGGAAUUCUUUGCACCAGCACGCAGCAGAAGAGUAACAAGAAACGUCCAACCAGUUUUGCUGGUAGUCACUGAUGGGGAGUCGCAUGAUGAUGUUGCUGAACCAGCAGAAGAUCUGAGAAAGGAAGGUGUUAAUAUAUAUGCUAUCGGAGUUGGGAAAAUUGAUCACUCGCAGCUCACGCAAAUAGCUGGCGUCCCGGAAAGGAAGUACACUGUUAAUGAUUUCAAUGAGCUGAAGAUUAUUAAAAAAAGACUAGUUGGUGACCUAUGCAAACCUGAUGUUCCUACAACUUGUUUUGUGGAUAUUGUUAUGGGAUUUGAUAUCUCCUCACAAAAGAGAGGUGACCGUUUAUUCCAUGGACAGUACCAGCUGGAAGCAUAUCUUCCUGACAUUCUAAAAGCCCUCACAUCCCUAAGCAGUCUGAGUUGCAAUGUGGGGACAAAGACACAGAGCAGCGUGGCAGUUUACCUGAACAACACCGUUACACCCAUGUCUUCAAAGUUCCAAUUUGACAGUGAGAAAAUAUGGAACAGCCUGAGAGAGAUCCUGAUCGACAAACCAUCUCGUCUCAAUGGCAAUUUCCUGGAGUCACUCUGGAAAACGUUUCCUAGCAAAGCUGAUGAUCAAAAUCGAAGGAAGGUUUUACUUGUAUUUUCAGAUGGUUUGGAUGAAGAUGUAGAAGAACUAGAACAAAAGUCAGAAGAACUUAGAAAAAAAGGAUUGGAUGCACUGAUAACUGUUGUUCUGGAAGGAGCCUCCAAAUUUAAUGAGCUUCAGUACAUUGAGUUUGGAAAAGGAUUUGAAUACAUGACUCAAUUAACUAUUGGCAUGAGAAAUAUCGCCAAAGCACUGUCCAAGUAUGUGACUAAAGUUGCUGAAAGGACGUGCUGUGCUGUUUUUUGCAAGUGCAUUGGGGAGGAAGGUGGAAUUGGACACCGAGGGAAUCAAGGAAAUGAAGGAUCUAAAGGUAUAAAAGGCAGUCGAGGACACUUAGGAGAAGAGGGAGAGCCGGGUUCAAGAGGACUGCCUGGACCAAUGGGAGAGCAAGGGAAUAAGGGAUGUGAUGGUCGUACAGGUCCUAAAGGAUACCAAGGAAUACCUGGUGAAAAGGGAGACGACGGGGACAACGGGAUUGAUGGAAUUAAUGGAGAGCAGGGAUCACUUGGGUAUCCAGGAAAGAUGGGAGAAAAGGGUGACCCAGGCUACAUGGGCAGUCCAGGGCCAAGAGGACUCCCUGGUGAGCCUGGUGAGAGGGGCUUACGAGGAGAUCAUGGUAACCCUGGAUUGGACAAUGACAUAGAAGGGUCCAAAGGUUCAAAAGGAGAACAGGGAAGACAGGGUGAAGGAGGAGCAAUGGGCCCACCAGGGUCACCAGGCUCUCGCAGAACCACAGGAACAAAAGGUCGAAGAGGAACACCAGGCCCACAGGGGGAGAAAGGAGCUCCUGGUUUGACGGGCUUUCCAGGAGAACCAGGAUUUCCAGGAUCCCAGGGAGAAAGAAGAAUUGCAGGUGUGAAAGGAGAGAAAGGAAGUGAAGGAAAUAAAGGUCUUCAGGGAGAAGAUGGUGCUGCUGGAUAUGGUGGACCAGGAAAGAAAGGAGCAAAGGGUCCUCCAGGUUAUCCUGGUCUGAAUGGAAUUCCAGGAGACAAGGGAUUUCCAGGACCCAGGCCAUGUGAAGUCAUUGACUAUGUGCGCAGACACAGCGAAAAACCGGAAUGCCCAGUAUAUCCAACGGAACUAGUGUUUGCUUUGGACAUAUCCCAGGAUGUCACAUCCCAUUUAUUUGAAAGAAUGAGAGAGAUUGUAAUGUCAGUAGUGAAUGCCACCAAAAUUAGAGACAGCAACUGCCCAGUGGGAGCUAGAGUCGCUGUUGUGUCCUACAAUUCCAACACUCAUUAUCUGAUCCGCUUCUCCGAGUUCUACAACAAGAAUCAGCUCCUCAACAAACUUAAUAAUCUGGCUUAUGAGAGAUCCUCAAGCGAACGGGAUAUUGCCAGAGCGAUGGGAUUCGUUGCCAGGAAUGUUUUCAAGCGAACUCGCCAAGGUCCUAAUGUGAGAAAAGUAGCAGUGUUUUUCAGCAAUGGGCCGUCUGCAGAUGAAUUUUCUAUUAAUACGGCAGUUCUGGAGUACGCUGCAUUUGAUAUUGUUCCAGUAGUUAUCGCUUUUAAUGAUAUUCCCCUCCUCAGUCGUGCUUUCGCGAUGGACGAUACUGGAUUUUUCCAGGUAAUAAAUAUUAAUCAAGAGGAUGACUAUGAGCCAUUCUUGGAAACAUUUCGGCGCUGCACUCUUUGUUAUGACAAAUGUAAACCAGAUGAGUUUUGUGAACACCGCAGAUCCCGAUCACUACCGGCAUAUGUGGAUGCUGCUUUCAUUUUGGAUAGCUCACACAAAAUGAGUGGUGCCGAAUUUGAGAACGUGAAAAACUUCUUGAGCAGAGUACUUGAUAACUUUGACAUUUCCUCUGAGCCAGAGACUUCUUCCACAGGUGAUAGGGUGGCUGUGGUGAGCCAUGCUCCACCAGGUUUCAAACCCCACUUAGAGAGGAGCCCUGUAAAGAAAGAGUUUGACUUUGUCACCUACAAGAAGAGACAGUUAAUGAAAAGACAUAUCCAAGAAUCUGUUCGACAGCUGAAUGGAGCAGCUGCUCUUGGCCAUGCCAUACAGUGGACAAUUGAUAAUGUUUUCUUAACUGCACCCCACUCCAGACAACACAAGGCUAUCAUUGUUAUAUCUGCUGGAGAAACAAGUCAGUGGGACAAAGACAUAUUAAAGGAGGCAUCUCUGAGAGCCAAGUGCCAAGGAUAUGCUCUGAUUGUAAUUUCAUUAGGACAUGUAUAUAACGACAUGGAAUUGGAAGAGCUGGCUAGUAUUCCCCUGGAACAUCAUUUGAUUCAGCUGGGCAGAGUUCACAAGCCUGAACUUGAAUAUGUAGUGAGGUUUAUGAAACCAUUUGUGCAUCUCCUCAGGCGUGCAAGCAACAAAUAUCCACCAGUAGAGCUCAGGAGAAUUUGUACCAGAGCUCGCUCUCAGAAACCAGAAUAUGCACUAAGGGGCCAACAUGUAGCUAUCAUAGAUGACGAUUGGUCAGGAGGUGAUGCCAUAGCUGAUUCUGGGCAUGCAACACUAAUGUUCCAGGAUGACGUAAGCGAUGGUCCUCUAAACACCAACGGUUUUGCCAGCAAUACACAUCAAUCCUUGGUAACUACCGACACAAUGGAGAAUGCUGCCAAAACACACGGAAGGAAAGAUAACGUGGAAGUUGCAUUGUGUAAAGAUAGGAAGAAGGCUUAUUAG